AUGCCUGCUCCAACCCAGCUCGCGGUCUUCAACACCCACCCCUACGACAAGAAAUUCCUCAGCGCGGCCCAUACAGCCCAUGCAUCCUCAUCCGCCUUCGACUUAGUCUUUCAUGACUUCCCUCUCUCCCAGGACACGGUCUCACUGGUGACUCACGCGAAAGCUGUAUGUGUGUUUGUCAACGAUGAUGUCUCAGCGCCCGUUCUGGAAGCCCUCUAUGAGGCCGGGGUAAGAGCCAUCCUGCUGCGCUGCGCGGGCUUCAACAACGUCGACCUGGACAAGGCGAAGGAGCUGGGCAUGUUCGUAGCCAACGUGCCGAGCUACUCGCCCGAGGCCGUGGCAGAGUUUGCCCUCGCGCUCAUCCAGACCCUCAACCGUAACACCCACCGCGCCUACAACCGCGUCCGUGAGGGCAACUACAACCUCGACGGGCUGCUGGGCCGCACCCUCCACGGCAAGACCGUCGGCCUGAUUGGGACGGGCAAGAUCGGCGUCGCCCUGGCGCGGAUCCUCAAGGGCUUCGGCUGCAACCUGCUGGCGUACGACCCCUUUGAAAACGACGCCUUCAAGGAGCACGGCAAGUACACCGACCUCGACACCCUGCUCUCGACGUCAGACAUCGUCAGCCUCCACUGCCCGCUGAUGCCGAGCACCCGCUACAUUAUCAACAAGGACACGCUGGCCAAGAUGAAGAAGGGCGCCAUGCUGGUCAACACGAGCCGCGGCGCCCUCAUCGACACCAAGGCCGUCAUCAAGGCCCUCAAGAGCAAGCAACUGGGCGGCCUGGCGCUGGAUGUCUACGAGGGGGAGAGCAAGAUCUUCUACAAGGACCACUCCGGCUCCAUCAUCGAUGAUGAUGUGCUGUCAAGGCUGACGACCUUCCACAACGUCAUCGUCUGUGGGCACCAGGCUUUCUUCACCGAGGAGGCUCUUACUGAGAUUUCCGAGGUGACUAUGAGGAACUUGGAGGAUUUUGUUGAAGGGAGGCCAUGCACGAACUCACUCAUCAAGGAUGAGCCGCCCAAGUCGGGGUUGUUCCCGGUUCGCACCAUAUGA